AUGAUGAUGAGCAAGACGAUCUGCGCGCUCUGUGUGGUGGCUGUGACGUUCUCCGCUGACGCGGUGGAGGCGUCGACGGAGGCGGCCCAGACGUUCGGGUGGCUGCUACCCAAGAGCCACGGCACGUACGGCGGCUACGGCGGCGCAUCUACGAGAAGCGAUGCGUACGGUGGCGCGGCGACCGCGGGAACCAACAACUACGGCUAUGGAGGCGCUGCAGCAACGAAGCCAAUCAGCUACGGGGGUGCUCCGGUGGUCGGGAACGGAUAUGGCGGCCUGGGAGCGGGGACUGGUGCUUGGCUAAACGCACUCGGUGGGCUCAGGGCAGGCGCUGGUCUCACCGCGAACGCCGGUCUAAACGCGAACGCGGGCCUCAAGGCCAACGCUGGGUUGAACGCGGGCGCUGGCUUGAAUGCCGGUGCAGGAUUGAAUGCUGGCACCGGGCUCACUGCUGGUGCAGGAUUGAACGCUGGCGCCGGGCUCACGGCCGGUGCCGGUCUCAACGCUGGCGCAGGGCUAAACGCGGGGGUCGGACUCAACGCGGGAGCAGGUUUGAAUGCCAACGCAGGUCUCCGUGCCGGUGCCGGUCUCAGUGCAGCCGCAGGUCUUAACGCUGGUGCAAGUCUGAAUGCUGGCGCCGGUCUGAAUGCUGGAGCAGGCCUCGCCGCGGGCGCAGGGCUGAACGCGCACGCUGGCCUCAGCGCUGGCGCAGGCCUGAACGCCGGUGCCGGAGUGAAAGCGGGCGCUGGUGUCAAUGCUGGUGCGGGUCUCAACGCUGGUGCAGGACUCGCCGGAGCCAAGGGUGAAGUCGCGGGCAACAAGGAUGGUUACGGGAAGGUGGCAGCUACGGCCAUCCCGGCCGCCACACCGAACGCGAUUGCCACGGAUGCCUCGCAGACGGCUGCGCAAACGGCCACCAAGACCAAGACCAACGCCUACCGCCACCUCCGCGCGUAA